AUGUCAAAUCAAGCAGAACAUCCUGCUCUGUUGAUUCCAGGGCCAAUUGAAUUUGAUGAUGCUGUGCUUUCAUCUAUGGGACACUUCAGCCAGUCCCAUGUCGGGCCCCCCUUCGUCGCCACCUUCGGCGAAACUCUUACAAUGCUUCGAAAGCUCCUCCAGACAUCAAACCCGGCUUCUCAGCCUUUUGUCAUAUCCGGCAGUGGAACACUUGGUUGGGACCUAGUCGCAGCAAACCUAAUAGAAAGAGGUGAAGACGCGCUUGUUCUGCACACAGGGUAUUUCGCGGACUCUUUCGCUGAAUGCUUCGAGACAUAUGGCGUCAAAGCAACACAGCUGAAAGCGCCAAUUGGAGACCGACCACAGCUACCAGAAGUCGAGAAGGCGUUGAAGGAGAAGCACUAUAAGCUAAUAUCCGUUACGCAUGUCGAUACCUCUACAGGCGUUCUAAGCGAGAUCAAGGCGCUCUCAGAGCUAGUACACCGAGUCAGUCCCGAGACCUUGGUGGUUGUUGAUGGUGUAUGCAGCGUUGGAUGUGAGGAAAUCUGCUUCGAUGAAUGGGGCAUUGAUGCUGUUUUGACCGCAAGCCAGAAAGCCAUUGGCUGCCCGCCUGGUCUUUCAAUAUUGAUGUGCUCUGAGCGUGCUAUGGCAACGUUCAAGAAUAGGAAAACUCCACCGUCGUCUUACUUCGCUUCCUUCAAGAAUUGGCUGCCGAGUACGUAUCCCUCACAUGAUGCCAAAAAUUUCAUCUCAAGCUCAUCUCAAGCUAAUACGGUUGAAGUCAUGCAAAACUACGAAGCAAAAAAGGCCUCUUACUUCGCAACUCCGCCAACUCAACUCAUCAACGCUCUCCACACCGCUCUAACGCAAAUUUUAUCGCGUCCACUUUCCGAACGUUUCGCUGUCCACCGUGAAGCAUCACAGCGAAUCAAAUCAACCGUGACAUCUUAUGGGCUGAAACAGCUAGCCACAAAACCCGAGAAUCAAGCGAAUGGAAUGACGGCCAUCUAUCUACCAGAAGGCGUCAAAGCAGCUGACAUUUUGCCCAAUAUUCUCAAGAAAGGAGUAAUCUUCGCAGGAGGUCUGCAUAAAGAAAUUGCGGCCAAGUACAUACGAUUUGGCCAUAUGGGUGUCAGUGUCACAGACCCGAAGAGAGAUGACAUCGAGCGAGCAUUGAAAGCUCUCAAGGAAGGUCUUGGUGAUGCUGGCGUAAAGUUCUAG